AUGGGUCCUGGGCUGACGAACGAGGCCGAGCCAUGGCGUUCUCACGCGGGUGGCAAUGACGUGAAGUUGACAGGCAGUGACGGAGAAGAAAUCAUUUCAAAGAGAGACGUCGCCUGCCAAUCCGGGUUGAUCAAGGGCCUGAUCGAUGUCGUCGGGGAAGAAGAGGCCAUCUUGAUGCCCAUACCGUCAUCGACGUUGAAGCUGGUCUUCCAAUGGGCAGCCGUGAAACCUGACACACUAGAUCGAUUAGGUCGAUACCAUGACCAAUGGAGCCAGCAAGACCUCCCGACCAAAGUGGAGCUAGUAUGGGCAACCAACUAUCUCGACAUCCCAGAUCUCUGGGAAAAGGCGUGCACAUCACUAAGACUGACGUUGGAAGAUCUCGCUCUCGCCAAUUGGCUCAGCACAUCACUCAACUCUAUCCGUCUCGCCCUCGACAUCCCCGACGACCUCACGGUGGCGCAGAGGCAGCGCAUCAGACUCGAACGGAUCUCCCUGGACGACUACUUCUAUGAGGCCGAGCGUGAGAAACUGACGGCUGGACCACGCCGCGACGCCGACCCGGACCUCGCGGCCCCUCGAGCGGUGGUCGACUCGCCGCCGCGAGACGGGUGGAUGAUGGAGACCUCCCUGGAUAUUGCAAUGGAUAUACCGUGCCGACGCUUGAGCGAUCUAUCGUACGAUUGCCUGGAGAUGGUCUUUGACAAGAUGACCUACUCGACGAUCGACACGCUGUCAUUACUGUCCACGGGGUUCCACGAUCUUGUCGACCCGUGGAUCUGGAAGGAGGCCAGGGUCGCCACGCCCUGGGGAGAUAAAUCGCGGUACACCUUUUCGGAAAUGCGUCAGCUCUCCCCCCUGGCAUUCGCCGACGUGCUCUCGCGUCCGCAACAGGCGACGUGCUUGAAGAUCUUGCACAUCGGCAACUUGAGCAGUGGUCGGCUGGACGAAUUCUUGCUUAGACUCCCUCGGGCGGUGGCGUUGCAGGAGGUUUGCGUAGAGACCGAGACCGACGUCGCACAGCUCUGGUCGGCCCUGAGCGGUCUCAAAGACCUGCGGAAAUUGACGGUGCGCGACAGUCACGGAUAUCACGCCGCGGAAUGGAGGGAAUCCCGGCUGCGGUCGUUGUGCUUGACCGCGGUGAGCGACCGGGCCUGCGAACCACUAGAACUUCCGCACCUCGAAUCCCUAUCGAUGCGCAGGGACGAAAAUUAUGUGUUCCACCCAAGCUCCGUCGUGGACCUCGGCCUCCUGAAGAAUUUGAAACACUUGUCACUUUCCAGAACACAAGACCUUGAUGCCUCCACGAUCAAGGGCACCGCUGGGAUGUUGACAAGUUGCGAAUUCGAGGCCGUCCGUGGCGACUUAGAUAACUUCUUCAAGAGGCACUCUUCCAGCCUCGAAUCGAUCAGUCUCCGUCACUGCGGCGAUUCGAUCUGCGCGCACUUCCCCCGGAUGCGGGCGGUACAUAUCUUGCAAUGCACCCAAGGGAUAAUCUCCGGAUCCAGCCUGCCCCGCCUCACCCAUAUCUUUGUGGAUGAAAGCGCCCGUUGGAAACACGGCCAGACAUUCAACCCAUGCGGAGAGUUUGCGGCGAACUUGGCAAGCACCGUGCAGAGCUUGGUGUUCGUGGCAAACCAUGAAGGAUUUUACGGUGCUGAGCCUUCUUGGUUCGAACCAUUGACGACAGCUCCGUCACUGCUGGAUCUCCACCUCCGGGGGAUGCACCUACCGGCAGUUUUGGAUACACAGUUGUUCCAGCGCCGUCUGCGGCACUAUUCCGUCGGUCGAGACUUUGACCUUGAGCGGGAGCUUCCGGAAUGGGAUCCCGAUCAUCUGUUGAUACCGACCCGCCAAUGUGUUGCUCGGCAAGAGCGUGCGCGUCGAUGGUCAGCACGCCAACGCCAACGCUAG